AUGGCCCUCUCGACGGCGCAGCCUGGAUGGGAGGCCGAAGACACAGUCAUUUGCAUCAAUCUAGCGCCAAACGUGCCUCCGAAUAUGCAAUAUGUGCAAUUGCAGUAUGGCCAUUAUGGCACUUCCAGGAGCGAUGCCAUGCCAUUUGAGGCUCCUACGCACUUCGAAUAUGUCAUCCACCCUAGGAUGCGAAAGCCAACAACAGAGGUAUAA